AUGCAGUGCGCCCUCCUCCUGGGUGCCGUUGCGCUUUUAUCCGGCAGUAUCGUCGCACAUGUCCUCCAGGGCCGAGACCUCCGGCCGGACCCGCAGUCGAGCGGAUGGGCCCACCCCGUCACCGCCCGGGGCCGUCCCGAAAUCCACUUCAACGGCACCGUUAACGCGACGUCGCCGGCCGGCACCGGAACGGGGGGCGCACCCAGCAGCAGCGCCUUCAGUCUGCCGCACAACAUCACAUCCAGUAAAUCUUCCUUCCACCCGUCCGGGUGCCCGCAGAGCGUCACAACAUCCACCACGACGGUCGACGUGACGUUUUACAUCACGGCGACAACUUCUCACUGGUCUCACUACUCCAGCUCGUCUCUGGCGACCGGGGGUUCACCCGCUACGACCACUUCUGUGCCCGUCUGGCACAACACCACCUCCGCUGCUCCUUCGCAGACGACCAAGACCUGUGACGAUGACCUGAGCUCAUCUUCUCUAUUCAACUCGACUGCGCUGUGGUCCACGAAAACGUCAAAGAGCAGGGCGCAGGAGACGAGCACUUCAGGCGCGACUGCCACUUAUACCAUCGCCACAUCCAACAUUCCGCACGUCAACUUGACCACCACCACCUACAUACUUUCAACCAAGACGCAGAAUGGCACGUUCAGCCAGACCGCCCCUGUCAUCUCGUCCUCCACAACUGAGUGCGAAGAUGAGACCACUGCCUCCGCAGCUUCCACUGACGUUUCUUCCUCUGCGUAUACCGUUUCAUCUUCCUGGACGACUCGUACGCCCAUAGUAACCCCUUUCCACAGCAACACCAGCAGCAACGCAUAUUCCACACAGAUGACAACGAUAAUGACCACGCCCGCUAACCCGUCAUCCUCCCCCAUCCUGACGGACAGCUGCGUAAUCGACACUUCCAUGGUCCCCGUCACUAGUGCACCACUUACCUCGGUUCCAACCUCAACACUGAUCCCGACAAAAACGGUUUGUCAGGAGGACGCGCCGACUGGCAAGCCGAAGCCCGGCAACAACCACUGCGGUGUGCACGGCCUGCCUGUCGGCAACUACUUCCUGGCGCGAUUCGUCGAGAAUGCCCCCGCUGUGCCUGUGACCUUGGAAGGAUGCUAUCAAUUCUGCGCUAGUGUCAUGGAUGCCACCAACGGCUGUAGGGCCUACCGCUUCUAUCCCGAGAGGGGCCUCAACGUCCCACGAUGCGAUCUCUAUGGCAGCAGCGUCGCCUACGCCCUGGAUUCCAUUGAUAAUGACCACCCUGACAUUUGGUUCGACCUCGCCUGCGGCUCUCCCUCUGACGAUAAGUGGGCGCAUCUCCCCGGGAUUACUCGUCUUCGGGAGCUGGACUGUUGA